AUGACCAUUUAUACAGCAUCCGUUACUGCGCCCGUCAAUAUCGCCACUUUGAAAUACUGGGGUAAAAGAGACACCAAGUUGAAUCUUCCCACCAAUUCAUCAAUCUCAGUCACUUUAUCGCAAGAUGACUUGAGAACCUUGACAUCUGCGGCCACUGCGCCUGAGUUUGAGAGAGACACCUUGUGGUUGAAUGGGGAACCACAUAGCAUUGACAACGAAAGAACUCAAAACUGCCUGCGCGACCUCCGCCAAUUGAGAAAGGAACUGGAAUCCAAAGACACUUCGUUGCCCACUCUAUCCCAAUGGAAACUGCACAUUGUCUCUGAAAACAACUUCCCCACAGCCGCUGGGUUGGCUUCCUCUGCAGCUGGCUUUGCUGCUUUGGUCUCUGCCAUUGCCAAGUUAUACCAGUUACCACAAUCCACUUCUGAAAUUUCAAGAAUUGCCAGAAAGGGUUCUGGUUCAGCUUGUAGAUCCCUUUUCGGUGGGUACGUGGCCUGGGAAAUGGGCACAGCUGAGGACGGCCAUGAUUCCAUGGCGGUACAAAUUGCAGACAGCUCCGACUGGCCUCAAAUGAAAGCCUGUGUCCUUGUUGUCAGCGAUAUCAAGAAGGACGUGAGUUCCACUCAAGGCAUGCAGCUGACAGUUGCGACUUCCGAAUUAUUCAAAGAAAGAAUUGAACAUGUCGUCCCAAAGAGAUUUGAGGUCAUGCGCAAAGCCAUUGUUGAAAAAGAUUUUGCCUCCUUUGCCAAGGAAACAAUGAUGGAUUCUAACUCCUUCCAUGCCACAUGCUUGGACUCCUUCCCUCCUAUCUUUUACAUGAACGACACUUCCAAACAUAUCAUCAGUUGGUGCCACUCAAUCAACCAGUUUUACGGCGAAACGAUUGUCGCCUAUACCUUCGACGCAGGUCCCAAUGCUGUAUUGUACUAUUUAGCUGAAAAUGAAUUGAAAUUAUUUGCAUUUAUCUAUAAAUUAUUCGGCUCAGUUCCUGGAUGGGACAAGAAGUUUACUGUUGGACAACUUGAAGCCUUCAACCAACAAUUCGAAUCUGCCAACUUCACUGCACGUGAAUUGGAUCUUGAAUUGCAAAAGGGUGUUGCCAGAGUAAUCCUAACUCAGGUCGGUUCAGGCCCACAAGAAACAAAAGAAUCUUUGGUUGAUGCAAAGACCGGUUUACCAAAGAAAUAA